GGCGUCCAGAUCGGCCCCAACAUGCGUCAGUUCCUCGGCGUGCCGUUUGCCGUCCCGCCGCUCGGCGAGCUCCGGUUCCGCAAGCCGGUGCCUGCCAAGCCGUGGACCGGCGUGCUGUCGACCAAGCUCAACGGGCCGGCGUGCCCGCAGCCGUCGACGGGACUGGACCAGUUUGCCAACGUCUCGGAGGACUGCCUCUACCUCGAUGUGUAUGCCCCCGUUGAGACGCCGUCGACGCCGCUGCCGGUCGUGGUCUACUUUUACGGCGGCUCGUGGGAGUACGGCGACAUCGGCGGCCUCACCGGCGACGGUAUCUACAACGGCAUCUACUGGAACAACGCGUUCCCAAACAAGGCCAUCAUCGUGACCACCAACUACCGGCUCGGGCCGUUUGGCUGGCUCGCCUCGCCGCUGCUCGCCAAGGAGGACCCGGACGGCUCAACGGGCAACACUGGGCUGCAGGACCAGCGCCUGGCGCUCAUGUGGGUCCAGAAGAACAUCGCGGCCUUUGGCGGCGACCCCAACAAGGUGACCAUCUGGGGCGAGUCGGCUGGCGCCGGCUCGGUCUCCACCCACCUGGUCUCGCCCAAGUCGUGGCCGUACUUCCACGCCGCCAUCAUGAACUCGGGCCCGCCGGCCAACUGGACCGCCCGCUCACUCGACAUGGCCGAGGCCCACUGGGACCGCGUCGUCACCGCCGUCGGCUGCUCCGCCGGCGACGUGCUCGCCUGCAUGCGCGCCCAGCCGAUGGAGACCCUCGUCAAGCACAUGGAGAAUUUGCCCGGCGAGCUCGUCUCGUUCACCCCGGUCGUUGACGGCGUCCAGCUUCUCGACAUUCCGCCGCAGCUUGUCCGCAACGGUUCCUUCCACAACGUGCCCGUCAUGCUUGGCUCGAACCUCGAUGAGGGCACACUCUUUGUCCCGCUCAAGCCGUCAUCGUCGACCGCCGACCUUGUCAAGUGGGCCAACUUUCAGUUUGGCGCAGAGACCGCCUCCCGCGUUCUUGCCGCCUACCCCGAGUCCGACUACAGCUCGGCCUUUGUCCGCGCCUCUGCCCUCUUUGGCGACGCCGCCAUGACCUGCCCGGUCCGCCGCGCCGCCCGCUGGAUCACCGGCCACGGCGGCACCACUCACACCUACUUUUUCACGCACACCUGGCUCCUUAUUCAGCUCUUUGACCCAUCCAUCGGCGUCUGCCACGGCUCAGAUCUCGUCGGUGCCUGGGACGUCGUCGUCGCCGCCAUCGGCCCCGGCGAGGAGAAGCUCGCCAACCAGAUGGCCUCGUACUGGUCCAACAUGGUCGCCAGCCACAACCCGAACUCGCCCACCACUGUCCCCGUCGCAUGGCCGGCUUACAACGCCUCAUCUGACACCAACAUCGAGUUCAACAUCCCAGUCUCCACUCAGACCGGCCUCCACUCGGCCCACUGCGACUUCUGGGACACUAUCUACGCCGAGGAGCACCCGCCGCUCUCGCCGUUCUCGCUCUAA